CUGGCUUCGAGCAGACAACCUGACCACUCUCCCACGUCCGGAAGAGCGUGCUAUUUUCUGCUCUAACCAUUGAUAUCCGAUCUUUAGCUAUCCAGAGCCAUGGUCGUUCUCGCAGCGUCGAUAUGCACCCGCGGGGGUAAGGCAGUACUUUCACGCCAAUUCCGGGAAAUCGCUCGUUCUAGAAUUGAAGCCUUGCUCGCAUCCUUCCCCAAAUUGGCUGAUUCGGGAACCCAACACACGAUCGUCGAACAAGACAAUGUGCGCUUCGUCUACCAGCCGCUCGAUGAGCUGUACAUCGUCCUUAUCACCAACCGUCAAUCGAAUAUCCUCCAAGACAUUGACAGUCUUCAUUUGUUUGCCCAAGUGACCACCAGCAUUUGUAAAAGCCUGGACGAGAGGGAAAUCUUGCGCAAUGCCUUCGAGUUGCUCAGCGCGUUCGACGAAUUGGUGACAUUGGGCUACAGGGAGAACCUGACGCUAUCUCAGAUUAAGACCUUCCUGGAAAUGGAAAGUCACGAGGAGAGAAUACAAGAGAUCAUUGAGAGGAACAAAGAGCUCGAGGCCAGCGAAGAACGCAAGAGAAAGGCAAAACAACUGGAGAUGCAGCGGAAGGAAGCAGCGCGCACUGGUCGUACCGCCACACCAAGAACCCCAUCUUAUCCCGUCUACAGUCCCCCAUCGCGCCCUACUGUGCCCGACACCUAUGAUUCCUACGAAGCAGAGAAGAAGAAAACGUUUGCCAAACCCCUUCCCACCCGCGGAAAAGGAAUGCAACUUGGCAAGAAAAACACAGAUAUCUACGAGAAGAUUCGUGGUGACCUGGGCCCUGAAGCCGAAGAAUCCAGCCCCUUGGUGACUCCGCAAGCCUCAACCCCUGUGGUCGACAAGGCACCAUCCGCCCGUGCUUCCCUGUCUGCAGACCGAGAACCAGUCUCCGUUACCAUUGCCGAGACCAUUUCUGCCGCGCUUACUCGAGAAGGCGCAUUGAGAUCCUUUGAAGUCAAGGGUGAUCUCCAACUCCGUAUCACCGACCCAUCUUUCACGAAGCUUAGACUCGACCUUCUCGCCACCCCUACACAUGGUGCCCAAUUCCGCACCCACCCGAAUGUUGACAAGGCUGCCUUUACCAAUUCAUCCACGAUCCAGUUAAAGGACACUUCCAAGCGGUUCCCCGCAAACAACGCGAUCGGUGUCUUGCGCUGGCGUGUCGCCAGUUCCGGUUCGGACAAUGCCGACAUCCUUCCUAUCACAUUCACGGUCUGGGUGAACAAGGGUUCUGACUCAACCACCGUUACGGUUGAGUACGAACUUACUGGCUCCGAUAGCUUGCGUGACGUUGCCGUCACGAUCCCGUACGGCGCAGCCGAGCCCGCCGUGUCUAGCUUUGAUGCGGUAUAUGAAGUUUCCGGGGAUAGUUUGGACUGGAAUAUUGGCACUGUGGAUGAGAACAAUGCAUCUGGCAGUUUCGAGUUCGAGUCCACUGACGGCGGUGAUGAGACUGACUACUUUCCAAUGAAUGUGCGGUUCACCAAGGCUAAUCCUUUUGUCGAGGUCGAUGUUACAAACGUUGCUCUACUGGAAAUGGAAGGUGAAAGCACCGGCUUCUCCAAGGAAGUUAAGAGUGUUGCGGAAGGCUACACGAUCGAGUAAUUAUUCCUGAGCUGUAUAGAAUAACUAAUGAUGUUCGGACUUGCGAUUUGUGGCUACUGUGAUUCUCUUCUACUUCUUCUUUCCGGCCAGGGCCAACGUUUUGUUUUCUUAGGUGUUUUACUGAAGCUUUAGAUAUCAUUCUUCUUAUUUAAGAUAUUCUUUUCUGCAGUCCAGAGUGGCAUAUUUAUCCGAGAUAACCGAAUGGAGCUGUCAAAUAAACUCAGGCACAUGGCAAUAUUGUACUUAGAUCACCGCGGACCCGAAAUCAACCAAUAGGAAUGACGCACUGUCACUGACAGCAAUCCACCUCAAACUUCCC